AUAGAAUUUUGUAAGCAAUUCACCUACAAUAUAAUAACUUUGUUUUUUCUAGAUUUUGAGCAUAAGCUCCCAAGAAAACUCAGUAUUAUUGUUAAGGGCGAAACACUUUCCCGUCAGUGCCAGUGCAUCACAACCCAUGUUGAUAUGAAGAAAUAAUUGUUAGAAUAAUUGUUAGCUAGUGAUUACGUGUGACUUCUCGUAGCUAAAAGACAGACAUAAGUUUUGUAUCUAAGGCGUAGCAACAUACUAUGACUGGCAGCAUGGAAGAUGGUUUGUUAGAUGAGAAUAGUAUCAGAAAAGCAAGUCGGCAAUUCCAUGUUACAACAAAUCUUGUUUUGAGCACCUCAGUUGCUGCCUGUGGUUACUUUGCCUAUGGAUUUGCUGCUGGAUAUUCAUCACCUGCUCAAUCAGGGGUCAUGGAUGACCUGGGACUCUCUAUAGCAGAAUACUCAGUUUUUGCUUCAAUCAUGAUAUUUGGAGGAAUGAUUGGGGCUCUGAUAAGUGGAAAGGUGGCUGAUAUUUUUGGCAGGAGAACUACAAUGUGGCUUUCGGAUUUAUUUUUUAUCAUGGGCUGGUGUUCAAUAACCUUUGGCAAGAGAGUUUGGUGGCUUGAUGCUGGAAGGUUGCUGACGGGAGUUGGUGCAGGAAUCCAAAUAUAUGUGGGACCUAUAUACAUUUCAGAGGUCACGCCGAAAAAUAUCCGAGGGGGCUUUGUAGCAGCUGCUUCAUGUACGCUGACUCUUGGCUUCUCACUGGUGUAUUACAUUGGGAAUAACAUGAGCUGGCGCACUUUAGCUCUUGUAGGUGCUAUCCCUAGCUUUAUACAGGUGCUAGGUGUAUUCUUCAUACCGGAGUCUCCUCGGUGGUUGUCGAAAAUUGGUCUGGAGAAGGAGGUAGAAGCAUCACUACAACGUCUGAGGGGAGAAAAUGCUGAUAUUUCCACUGAAGCAGCUGAAAUAAAAGACUUUACUGAAACAGUUCAGCAACACUCAGGAUCCACAUUUAUGGAUUUAUUCAGUUGGAAAUAUGCUCGUCCACUAAUUAUUGUAGUCGGGCUAAUGGCUCUCGUGCAGUUAGGAGGGACCAAUGCAAUAACUUCUUUUGCCAGUUCAAUUUUUAGAGCAGCUGGUUGUUCAGCAGACUCCGCAUCUCAAGUCAUGGCUGUUCUCCAGCUUCCAUUUGCAGUCGCAAGUAUUAUCCUCACAGAAAAAGCUGGGAGACGACUUCUUAUGCUUGUUACUUCAGCUGGGACUUGUUUAGGGUGCUUGCUUGUAGCACUGGGGUUUCUUUUCAAGGGUUAUCAUUCAUCAGCAGAGCUAACUUCUUCAAUGGUGUACACUGGCAUACUGCUCUUUUCUGUAUCUUUCACAGUGGGAAUGGGAGGUACACCCUGGAUCAUCAUGUCAGAGAUACUUCCGAUAAACAUCAAGGGUUCUGCAGGAAGUCUUACGGCAUUGAUCAACUGUUUUACUUCUUGGAUAGUUUCUUAUGCUUUUAAUUUCCUAUUCGAGUGGAAUGCAGCAGGAACAUUCUUCUUGUUUGCAUUCUUUUGUGGCUCGGUUGUUGUAUUCGUUGCAAUGCUGGUACCAGAGACCAAAGGAAGGACACUUGAAGAAAUCCAGGCAUCGAUGACAUUACUCCAAUGAUAUCAUAUGUUCUUUAACCUUCAUUCCCAUUUUGAACUUCAUAGUUCAGACUACUUUAUCAUUCAGAACUGAAACACACGUGUAUUGUGAUUAUAUUGAUGUUUGUUACGUUCCUAUUUAAAUCUUAUCCAAUAUAUCAUACACAUAUGAAGCACUGCUUCAGGAUGUUGAAAACCA